AUCAGUUUUAUUGGUAUUGGUUCAUUCUUUUACAGAUCAGAUCAUUACACAGUGCAUCAAGGUAGAACAAGGUAAAACAAUAACAGAAUAAAGUGUCACAGUUACAGAGAAAGUCUGCCUGCACUGCACUAUCAGGUACAAUGUCAUAACAAGGUCGAUUAUAAGGUCCGCCUUGCAAGAGCCGGUUAUAACUGCAGGGAAGAAUCUGACUUGGACCUGAUGAUACACUUGAACCCCACCCGGUGCUCUCUCUCAAACUCCAUUCCCCUGCUCUGUGUCUGGAUCACCCCAUUCUCACUCUCAAUCCCCAUCUCCCCUGCACUCUCCAUCACCGCCUCCCCCACUUUAUCUCGAUUCCUGACUUCCCACUCUGUGGAUACUACCUCCCCAUCUCUGUCUCCUUCCUCGAUCUAACUCCCAAUCCCCACUUUCCCUCUCAAUCCCCACCUCCCCCUUGCUCUCUCUCGAAUCAAUCCUCUCCCGCUCUGUCUCUUGAUCCCCCGACUCCCCCGCUCUGUUUCUUGAUCACGCCUUCUCUGCUCUUCCUCUCAAUCCUCGCCUCCCCUGCUCAGUCUGUCAAUCCCCGGCCCCCCCUCCCUGUGUCUCUGUCUUUCUCAAUGUCUCCUUGUUCUCCCCCUCUUCCCUUCCCCCUCUCCCACUCUGUCUCCCUUCUCUCUCUCUCUUUCCCUCUUCCUCACUCGCUGACCCCCAUGCUCUCACUCACUGAUCCCCACUCUCUCUCUCUCCCUUGCUCAUUGUCUCCCUGCUCUCCCUCUCUGUCUCUCUCACUGGUUGUCUCCCCCACUCUCUCUCACUCAUGUGCUGUCUGCCUGCCCCCUCUCUCUCUCUUUCUUCUCCCACCAUUUUCUCUCUCCCCCCCGUUCUCUCUCUCUCUCUCUCUCUCUCUCACUAGCCGUCUGCCCCGCAUCUUCUCUCUCAUUGUCUCCCCACCUCACUCUCUCUCUCUUGCUCUCUGCCCGCUCUAUCCCUCACUCACUCUCCCCCACUCUCUCUCUCGCUGUCUUCCUCGUCCUCUCUAUCUCUUGUCACCCCGCUCUCUCUCUCUCCCUCUCACUCACCCACUGUCUCCCUACUGUCUCUUUUUUGCUCUGCCUGUUCUCUCUCUCUCUCUCGCUGUCUCCCUGCUCUCUCUCUCUUUUGCACAUUACCUAUCUACUCCACUUUCUCUCUCAGUCCCUCUCUGCCACGCACUCUCUCUGGCUCCCACUCUCACUCUUUUACUCUCUGUCUCACAUCCUCUCUCCCUCAUGUCCAUUCUGACCCCACUUUCUCCCUCUCGCUCCCUCAGUCCCCUGCUCCCUCUCCCUCUGUCCCCCGCUCUCUCCCCACUUUCUCUAUUUCUAGUGCUCCCUCUCCCUCCCCGUAACCCUCACUGUUUCCACUCUACCCUGCUUCCUCUCUCUUGCUCCUAUUCUUCCCCCCACCUCUGACUUUCGCAUUCUCUUCCCCAGUUCCUCCCUCCCAGCCUGUAUCCCAAUCCUUCUCCCCAUCCCCUCUCUUCGAUACUCUCUCCUGCACUUCCCCUCUUUAACACUGUCUCUCACACUUCCUCUGUCUCUCCCGCUCUUCCUCUUUCCCCACUCCCCUUCCUUGCGUUCCCUCUCCACCCCGUCACCUCUCUCUCAACUCCCUCUCUCUGUCUCACAUUCACUUUCUCUCUCACUCACUCUCCCUGCUCUCUCUGAUUCGCUCUCCUCCAUUCUCUUGCACGCUCCCUAUUUACCCCACUCUCUCUCACCCCCUCUGCUCUCUCCAUUCCCUCACUUUUCUCUUCUCUUCCUCUCUCUCACGUAGCCUGUCUCACCCAUCCCUCUCUCCUGCUCGCUCCCCCUCACCAACACUCUUUUUCUCUCCCUUGUGCUCCCUCUGUUCCCGCUGUAUCUCAUUUCCUCCCUCCCCUGCUGUAUCCCAUUCUCUCUCUUCAAUACUCCCUUUCGCGAGUGCUCCCUCUCUAUCUCUCUUGCUCACCCUCUCUCAUGCCCUCCCUCUGGCCCCAGCUCUCACUCCCUCCCCCUGUCUCAUCACUUCCUCCCUGCCUCCUAUUCCCUCUCUGUAUUGCUCUCCCUCUCGCCACCGCUCACUCUCUCUCACACUACAUCUCUCCUCCACUCUCUCUCCCCUGCUCUUUCUCUCUUCCACUCGCCCCUGCUCUCUCUUUCUCUCUUGUGCACCCUCUGUCGACGGCGCUCUCUGUCCCUCACACUCCCUCUUGUUGCGUCCUCUAUCUCUCAUGCUUGCUCUCUCUUAAUUAAGGAUGAGAUCAGGGUGAUAGUGAGAGACGAUAUAAGAUAUAUUCUACAGAGCAGAAUGUUGACUCCAUCGAAGUAGACAUUAGGAAUAGUAGGGGAAAAAAUCACUGGUGGGAGUUGUACAGUGGUACAACAACAUUACAGUGGUACAGGCAAUAAACACAGAAACGUAAUAAUGGAACAGCAGUUGUCAUGAGGGACUUUAACUUGUGCAUAGAUUGGAUGAACCAAGUUGGUCAAGGCAGUCUUGAGGAGGACUUCAUAGAAUGCAUCUGUGAUGGCUUUCUUAAACAGCAUGUUACUGAGCCUACAAUUGAAUUUGCUAUCUUAAAUCUGUUCCUGUGCAAUGAGAUAGGUAAAAUUACUGAUCUUGUAUUUAGGGAUCCUCUUGCAAAGAGUGAUCACAGUAUGACUGAGUUUCUCAUACAAAUGGAGGGUGCAACCGUUUGAUCCUAAAGCCAGUGUAUUAUGCCUAAACAAUGGGAUGAGGAUGGAGUUGGAUGGCGUAGACUGGGAACACAGGCUAUGUGGUGGGACGGUUGAGAAAUGGUGGAAGACUUUCAGAGAUUUUUCAUGGUGCUCAGCAGAAGUAUAUUCCAGUUAAAAGCAAGGACAGGAAGAAUGGAGAGAGCCAGCCUUGGAUAACUAAGGAAAUAAAAGAAGGCUUCAAACUAAAAGCUCAUGUGUACAAAGUCGCCAAGAGUAGUGGGGAACUGGAAGAUUGGGAAAACUUUAAAACGCAACAAAGAUCCACAAAGUGAGCAAUAAAGAAAGGGAAGCUAGAUUAUGAAAAUAAACUAGCACAAAAUGUAAAAAUGUACAGUAAAAGUUUGUAUAAUUAUAUAAAGCAGAAAAGGGUGGCUAAAGUGAACAUAGGUUCAUUGGAGGAUGAGAAGAGGAAAAUGAUAUUGGGUAAUGAAGAAUUGGCAGAGGCUUUGAAUGACUAUUUUGUGGAGGACACAUCUAACACGUCAAAGAGAGAUGCUAUCGGUGCGAUAAGAGGUGAGGACCUUGAUACAAUAGCUAUCACUAAAGAGGUAGUGCUAAGCAAACUUAGUGGGCCUUAAGAUAGACAUGUUCCCUGGUCCUGAUGGAAUGCAUCCCAGGGUACUGAAAUAAUUGGCAGAGGUUAUAGUAGAGGCUUUGAUGAUAAUUUACCAAAAUUCUCUGGACUCUGGGAAGAAGGCGAAUGUCAUAUCAUUAUUCAAAAAGGAUACAGGCAAAAGACAGGUAACUAUAGGCCAGUUAGUUUAACAUCUGUAGUUGGGAAAAUGCUUGAAGCUAUCAUUAAAGAAGAAAUAGCGAGGCAUCUGGAAAGAAAUGGAUCCAUCAGACAGACACAGCAUGGAUUCAGCAAAGGGAGAUCCUGUUUGACAAACUUAUUGGAGUUCUUUGAGGAUAUAAUGAGCACAGUGAAUAGAGGGGAACAGAUGGACGUUGCUUACUUGGAUUUCAAGAAGGUGUUCAAUAAGAUGCCACAUAAAAGACUUAUCCACAAGAUAAGGAUGCAUAGAGUUGGGGGUGAUGUAUUAGCAUGGAUAGAGGAUAGGUUAACCAAUAGAAAGUCGUGAGUUGGGAUACAUGGGUGUUUCUCUGGUUGGCAAUUAACAGUGAGCAGUGUGCCACAGGGAUCGGUGCAGGGCCCACAACUGUUCACGAUAUACGUUAAUGAUCUGAAAGCAAGGACCGAAUGUAAUAUCUCUAAGUUUGCUGAUGAUACUAAAUUUAGUGGAAAAGCAAAUUGUACAGAGGAUAUGGAGAGUCUGCAGAGAGAUAUAGAUAGGUUAAGUGAGUGGGCAAGGGUCUGGCAGAUGGAGUACAAUGUUGGUAAAUGUGAGGUCAUCCACUUUGGAAGGGAAAAUAGAAGAUCAGAUUAUUAAUUAAAUGGUAAAAAAAAAUUGCAGCACACUGCUGUGCAGAGGGACUUAGGAGUGCUUGUGCAUGAAUCACAAUGUUGGUUUGUAGGUGCAACAAGCUAUCAAGAAGGCAAAUGGAAUGUUGGCCUUCAUUGCCACUAUACAGGGUACUGGUGAGGUUGCAUGUGGAGUACUGCGUGCAUUUCUGGUCUCCUUACUUGAGGAAGGAUAUACUGGCUUUGGUGGUGCAGAAGAGGUUCACCAGGUUGAUUCCAGAGAUGAGGGGGUUAGACUAUGAGGAGAGAUUGAGAUGCCUGGGACUAUACUCACUAGAAUUCAGAAGAAUGAGAGGAGAUCUUAUAGAAGCAUACCAUCAGGUAGGUGGUACAGAAGCUUGAAGGCACACACUCAGUGACUCAGAAACAGCUUCUUCCCCUCUGCCAUACAAUUCCUAAAUGGACAUUGAACCCAUGAACACUACCUCACUUUUUAAAUAUAUAUUAUUUUUGCUUGAUUUUUAAUCUAUUCAAUAUACACAUACUGUAAUUGUUUUAUUUAUUAUGAUUAUUAUCAUUUUUCUACUUCUAUAUUGUAUAUUGAAUUGAACUGCUGCUGCUAAGUUAACAAAUUCCAUAACACAUGCUGUUAAUAAACCUGAUUCUGAAAUUAUGAAAUUAUGAAAUUAUGAAAAGGAUAGAUAAGAUAGAGGCAUGAAAGUUGUUUCCACCGGUAGGUGAGACUAGAAAUAGGGGACAUAGCCUCAAGAUUCGGGUGAGUAGAUUUAGGACAGAGAUGAGGAGGAACUGCUUUUCCCAGAGGGUGGUGAAUCUGUGGAAUUCUCUGCUCAAUGAAGCAGUGGAGGCUACCUCAGUAAAUAUACUUAAGAUAAGGUUGGAUAGAUUUUUGCAUAGCAGGGGAAUUAAGGGUUAUGAGGAAAAGGCAGGUGGGUGGAGAUGAGUCCAUGGCCAGAUUAGCCAUGACCUUAUUGAAUGGCGGAGCAGGCUCAAUAGGCUAGAUGGCCGACUCCUGCUCCUAUUUCUUAUGUUCUCUCUCUGUCCUCGUUCUCCCACUCUCUCCCUACCCUACUCUUUCUCUCUCACGCUCCCUUUCUCCACUGUCUUCUCUUCCCUGCUCCCUUUGUCUCGUGCUUCCUGUCUGCCAACAACUCUCUCUCCAUCCCUCUCACUUUUGCGUUCCCUUUCCAACUUUCUCUAGCGCUCUCCCUCUCUCACCUGCUCUCUCUUCCACUUCAUCUGUCCCUACCUUCCUCUGUCUUGCAUUCCCUCUCACCCUUGCUCAGUCUCACACACUCUCUUUCUGUCUUGCACACCCUCUAUUUCCUGUGCUCGUUCUCUCUCUUCCACACCAUCUGUCCCCAGCUUUCUCUCUCUUGCACACUCUCUAUCUACUCUGCUCUCUCAAGCUCCCUCUCUCCCACUGUCUGUUUCACGUUCUCACUGUCCCCCACUCUCUCUCUCUCUCCCUCAUUCCAUCUCUUCCCCCAAUCUCUCUCGCACAUUCCUUCUCCCCCACUCGCUCCCCGUCGGCCCACUCUCUCUUUUGCUCCGUCUCCCACUCUCCCUCUCUCUCAUGUUUCUUCUCCUUCGCGCUCCCUCUCUCCUCUGCUCCUGCUCGCCCGCUCCCUCUCUCACUCAUUGUCUCUGACACGCACUUUCUUGCUCCUGCCUCCCAUGCGCUCUCUCCUGUCUCCCCCUUUCUCUAUCUCUCCUCCCCCUCUGUCUCCCCUCUCAGUCUCCCUCUCUUUGUCUCUUUCAAUCUGUCACCCUUUCCCUCUCUCUACCUCUGUCUUCCUUUUUCUGUCCCUUGUUCUCUCUACCACCCUCUUUCUCUAUUUCUGUCUCCCCUCUCUCCCCCUCAGUCUCUCCCUCUUUCUCUGUCUCCCUGAUCUCUCAUCUCCCUCUCUCUUUCUCCACAUCCCUCAUUCUGUUUCCCCCUCUCUCCCUGCCUGAUCUCUCACUCAGUCAACCCCCUCCCUUUGUUUUCCCUGCUCUCUAUACCUGUCUUUCUCUCUGACUCCCUUUCUCUUUCCAUCUCUUUCCCUUCUCUCUCUGUCUCCCUCCCUCUCUAUCUUCCCCAUUUCUCCCUCUCUCCCCCUUCUCUUUCUCUCUCUCUUCUAUCUGUCCUCCUCUUUCUAUCUCCCUCUCCCACUCUGUCUCACUUCCACUAUCUCCUUCUCUGUGUCUCCCUCUCUCUGUCACCCCCUCUCCCCACCUCUGUGCCCCUAUCUCUUCCCCUUGAUCUCUUUCUCUCUCUGUCUCACUCACUCUCUCCCUCUGACUCCCUCCCCCUCUCUACUCCUCCCUCUCUCUGCCCCUCUUUCUCUGUCUCUCCCUGUCACACUCUGUGUCACUUUCCCUGUCACACCCUCAGUCUCUCUCAACACUCCACUCCUUCACCCCCUGUUAUUCCAUCCUCUAACCCCUUCUAUCCCCCUCUUAUCCCCAUCCCCUGCUAUCCCCCAUCCUCCCCAACCCCCUCUAUCUCCCAAUAUCCCCCCUACCCCCUCUCUCUCUGACUGUCUCUCCCUCCCUUUCUCCCUCUCUCUCUUUUUCUCUCUCUACCUCUCUUUCUGUGUCUCCCCUCUUCUGUCUCCUCCCCUGUCUUUACCCCUCAUCAUCUGUGUGUACGAGUUUGUCUAUUUGUGUGUGUCUCAGCGUGUCUGUCACUGUCUAUGCUCGUGUGUCUGCCUGCCUCAGUGUGUCCUUGUUUGCGUCCGUACAUGUGUAUGUGUGUUGUCUGUCUGCCUGUGUGUGUGUGUGCGUGCGUGCGUGCCUGUCCCUGUGUAGCCUGUUGGACGUUCUCACUGGGCUCCCUGCCACAUCUGGAGUGUGACCUUUCCCUGCUGCCCUGACAUUUGCCGGGCACCAGCUGACUAUAUCAGUCCUGCAGCUCUGCUCUUGUUUCACACACUGUCCAGAGAGAUCCCUCUCGUACUUCAGCAGCUGCCUCAGAGAUCCAUCGCCCUCUGCGGUGAGUACCCAUGGGACUUGGGGAAGGUGCUAGCCUGGACUGGGAGGUAGAUAGUGGGGGUGGGGUGGUGGAGGAGGAGGAGGUGUAUGGUGGUCCUAGGGCCGGGAAAUUGUUCAGGAACUUCUGGAAUGGGAAGGAGAUGGGUGCAGCAGGUUAGAAGAUCCAACCCUCCUUGGCUUUGGGGCAGUGGGAGCUCCUCUCUCACUCUGUGCCCCUCAUCUCUUCCUCCCCUCCCUCACUCCACUUUCUCCCUCUCCCCUUUCUCUUUUCCCCUCUCUUCCCACCUCCACUUCAUUCUUCCCCUCUCGUCCCCCUCUCUUCCCCAUCUCCCCCUCUCUCUCCCUCUCCCCACUCCCCCUUUCCCACUCUCCCCUCCCUCUCUGCCCUCUCCCCUCUCUCUGUCCCCCCUUCUCUCCCCGACACACUCUGUGUGUGUGUGUGUGUGUCUCCCUGUCUCUGUCUCUCUCUCUCUCUCUCUCUCUCUCUCUUGCUCUCUCUCUCUCUCUCUCUCUCUCAUGAUAUUAAAAGCUGUGAUUAAAACAAGAACAGGAAUAGACACCAGACAUGGAUCAUAAUAUCUGAUUACGCACUGUGCAGCUGGUCCCAGGGAUGUGUUGGUGAUAGGAUACGUAGUUCGCCAAUCAUGCAAUCCCCACCCCCACAUUCAUGGAGAGACUGGGAAGAAAGGUCAGGGGAGAGGGAGGGUAGUGGUCAGCAGAACACCAAAUCCUGCCGCUGUCUGUAAGGAGUACGUACAUUCUCUUCAUAACUGCAUGGAUCUUCUGGGUGUUCCAGUUUCCUCCCAUGUGCUAUGUUGGCAUCAGAAAUGUGGUGACGAUUGUGGGCUACCCAGUACAAACCUCACUGAUUUGGCUUGAUGCAAACAGCACAUUUCACUGUAUGUUUCUUCUGACAAAUAAAGUUAAUUUUUAUCUUCUCUCAACCUCUUCAGGAAACUGGGGAGGAUGGUGAGGGGGAGCUAGUCCCUUGAGCAUCUUACCCCCCCCCCCAGUUUAAUAGUCACAAAGUCACACAGCACAAAAUAGGGCCCUUCAGCCCACUGCUCCAUGCUAACCCAGAUUCCCAUCUAAGCCAGUCACUUGGACAGACACACAGAUAGGAAAGGGAUAUGGGACAAACACAGACAAAUGGCUUAGAUGGGAACAAUAUUUAACCCCUGUAAUCUAUAAUAACCUUCUUCACUAUUAACAACACUUGUUAAUUCUAUGGCAUCUGCAAAUGUACUGAUCAACUCCUGUGCAUUCACGUCCAAAUCUAUAUAAAUGACAAAUAACAGUUGUCCCAAUACCGACCCCUGUGGUGCCUCCAUUCCAAGAAACAACCUUCAACCACCACCUACAGCUUCCUACCUCCAAGCCAAUCUUUAAUUCAGUAAGCUAGUUCGUAACAGAUCCCACUGGAUCUGACCUUGCAGGUCAGUCUGCCAUGGUGGUCUGGAACCAUCUCGGUAACAUCCUCCUCAAUCUCCUCUGUACUCUUUCAAAGUUCAAAUUAAAUUUAUUAUCAAAGUCCAUGUAUGUCACCAUAUACGAGGGCAUAGUCAGUAAAUCCAAUAACCGUAAUAGAAUCAAUGAAGACUGCACCAACAGAGGGAACAACCAGUGUGCAAAAAACAACAAACUGUAAAUACAAAAUAAAAUAAUAAUAAUUAAUAAAUAUUGAGAACAUGAGAUGAAGAGUCAUUGAAAGUUGGUUGUGGGAACAGUUCACUGACAGGGCAAGUGAAAUUGAGUGAAGUUAUCCACUUUGGUUCAAGAGCCUGGUUGGGUGGGAUAAUAACAGUUCCUGAACCUGGUGGUGUGAGUCCUGAUGCUCCUGUACCUCCUUCCUGAUGGCAGCAGUUGAGAAAAGAGCAUGUCCUGGGUGGUGGGGGGGUCCUCGAUAAUAGAUGCGGCUUCCCAAUGACUGUAUUUCAUGUAGAUGUUUUCAACGGUGGGGGGGGAGGGGGGAUUACCCAUAAUGGACUGAGCCAUAUCCACUACUUUUGAGAGCAUCCUGAUGUAUGCAUCUUUGCUGUCCAGAUGUUCCAGGCUCUUUCCAGCUUACUGGCAUUUCUCCUGUAGCAGAAAGACCAAAAACGAACAGAAUACUCCAGGUCUCACCAACAAAUCCGAUCACCUCUCUUGCCCCAGUUCUGCACAGUCCUUGGUCCUCUCAACCUUCCUGAAAUUUAUAUACAGUACCUCCACGCUCAACACUUGCAAUGAUCCAGUCCCCUUCCUUGGAGAUAUGAAAGUUCAAUGUUAAUCUAUUAUCAAAGUACCUAUAUGUCACCACAUACUACCUUGGGAUUCGUUUUCAUGCAAGCAUUCACAGAACAAUAAAUAAAUAAAAUAGAAUUUAUGAAAAACUCUGAAUGAUGUAGAUUGACACAGGCCAAUGUGCAAAACAAGAAAAAUUGUGCAAAUGAUAUAUGUUUUAAAAGUGAAUAAUGAUACUGAGAACAUGAGUUGCAGAGUCCUUGAAAGUGAGUUUAUAGGUUGUGGAGUCAGUUCAGAGUUGAGGUGAAUGAAGUUAUCAAAACUGGUCUCUGCACACCUCAGUGUUAACUCACCACCCCACCCACCUUGUAACUGUGUCAUCUCAUUUCCACUGGUGGAAACAUCUCUACAUCUCUCUUCCCACGUCACCUUAGGGGCUGAGAUGUUGAAUAACUUCAACCCUGGUUCUUCUAAACCCCAUGGGAUACAGACCCAAACUGCCCAUACCCUGCCAAUAGGACAACCUUCUCAAUCCUGGGAUUAUCCUGGUGAAUCUCCUGUGGACUGCCUCUAACGUAACCCAAUUCAUGUUUAGGUCAAGGAGAGGGAGGGAGUGAGGGGAAACAAUAGAGAGGAAAAGGAGGGAUGAGAGACAGAAAGGUGGAGAGGGGAGGUGGAAUUGUUAACGUGAAGUGGAAAUGGAGGGAGGGGAAGGGGACAAGGAGGGAGACAAUAUGAACAAAGAGGUGGAGCAAAGGACUAAUAAGUGGAGAAGGGAGAACUACAGGGAUAAGAGAGAUGGUGAGGUAGAGGGAAUAUGGCGAGGAGAGGGAAAGAUGGACAGAUGGGUGAAGAAGCAUGGAGGGGAGGGGGGAGGAAGAGGGAAGGAGAUGGAGGGAGUUGGAGGAGGGAGGAAGGUGCAAGGGAAAAUCCAACCCAACUCUGAAUCUGUGCCCCUGCAGACAACAUGGUUGUGGUCGAACGGUCCCGCCUGGAGACUCGGGGUGCCGGCAGAGCCAUUGCGGUGCUGACCAGUGGUGGAGAUGCUCAGGGGAUGAAUGCUGCUGUCCGGGCUGUUGUCCGAGUUGGAAUCUACACUGGAGCAAAGGUCUACUUCAUUCACGAGGGUUACCAAGGUCUGGUGGAUGGAGGCAACAACAUCCGAGAGGCAACCUGGGAGAGUGUUUCAAUGAUGUUGCAGCUGGGCGGCACGGUCAUCGGUAGUGCUCGCUGUAAGGACUUCCGAUCGCGCGAGGGCAGGAUGACUGCGGCCCUGCACCUGGUGAAACGUGGCAUCACCAACCUGUGUGUUAUCGGGGGUGACGGCAGCCUGACCGGAGCCAAUGAAUUCCGCAUGGAGUGGGGUGGCCUGCUUGCUGAUCUCCAGAAGCAAGGUAAGAUCACGGCUGAGGAGGUGAAGGCUUCCUCUCAUCUGAACAUCGUGGGGAUUGUGGGCUCUAUCGACAAUGACUUCUGUGGCACGGACAUGACAGUCGGCACAGACUCUGCCCUCCACCGGAUCAUGGAAGUGAUGGACAGCAUCACCACCACUGCCCAGAGCCAUCAGCGGACAUUUGUACUGGAGGUGAUGGGUCGACACUGCGGGUACCUGGCCCUGGUGUCGGGAUUGGCUUCUGGAGCUGACUGGGUUUUCAUCCCUGAGUCUCCCCCUCCUAAAAACUGGGAGGAUAUCAUCUGCCAGAGGCUGAACGAGUCCCGUCUUCGAGGGUCAAGGCUGAAUGUGAUAAUCGUGGCUGAGGGUGCUGUCGACCAAGAGGGAAAAGCAAUCACCUCGGAAUAUAUCAAAAACAUGGUCACCCAACGUCUUGGUUUCGACACACGAGUCACUAUUUUGGGACAUGUACAGAGAGGGGGCACUCCCAGCGCCUUCGACCGCAUCCUGGGUAGUCGAAUGGGAGUGGAGGCAGUCAUGGCCCUCUUGGAGGCCACCCCUGACACCCCAGCUUGUGUGGUGAGUCUGUCAGGGAACCAAGCCGUGCGUCUCCCUCUGAUAGAGAUGGUGCAAGUGACGAAAGAUGUUACCAAGGCAAUGGAAGAGAAACGGUUCAACGAAGCCAUCAAACUCAGAGGAAGGAGUUUUGAGAACAACUGGAACAUUUAUCGACUCCUCUCACACUACGACCUUCCCACCACCAAGAGUAACUUCACCCUGGCAGUGAUGAACGUGGGGGCUCCCGCAGCCGGCAUGAACGCUGCCGUCCGAUCCGCUGUCCGCGUUGGGUUGACACAGGGACACAAGAUGUUGGUUGUCCACGAUGGCUUUGAGGGCCUGAUCAACGGAGUGAUCGAAGAGUUCAACUGGGUUCAGGUCAGUGGCUGGACUGGAACAGGAGGAGCGAAACUGGGAACCAAACGGGUGCUACCUGCCAAACACUGGCCUGAGGUUGUUAAAAACAUCACCAAGUUUGGAAUCAACGGACUCCUCAUCAUCGGAGGUUUUGAGGCAUUUUUGGGCGCUCUGGAGCUUCUGGACGGACGCUCCCAUUAUGAGGAGCUGUGCAUCCCGGUGUUGGUCAUCCCUGCCACUGUCUCCAACAACGUUCCAGGCUCCGACUUCAGCAUUGGGGCAGAUACAGCCCUCAAUGCCAUCACCACUACUUGUGACAGGAUUAAGCAGUCAGCAGCGGGGACCAAGCGGAGGGUGUUUGUCAUCGAGACGAUGGGGGGUUACUGUGGCUAUCUGGCCACCAUGGCUGGGCUGGCAGCAGGCGCCGACGCAGCUUACAUCUUUGAGGAGCAGUUCUCCAUCCAUGACCUUCAGAUCAAUGUUGAGCAUUUGACUGAGAAAAUGAAGACAGCUGUCAAACGAGGCUUGGUGCUGAGGAAUGAAAAGGCGAAUGACCACUAUUCCACUGACUUUAUCUACAACCUAUACUCAGAGGAGGGCCGGGGGGUGUUUGACUGCAGGAAGAACGUCCUAGGACACAUGCAGCAGGUGGGACACAGCUCCCCCACCUCCUUCACCUCGGAACUUCGGAACCAAACUGGAGCCAAAGCUAUUUUCUGGUUCUCCUCCGCACUGAAGGAGGCAUACAGGCACGGUCGUGUGUUUGCAAACACGCCAGACUCGGCCUGUGUGCUGGGAAUGAGGAAGAGAAGUGUGCUGGUACAACCCAUCCUCCAACUCCGUGACCAGAUUGAUCUCGAACACCGGCUACCACUGAACCAAUGGUGGCUUCGCCUUCGCCCCAUCUUGAAGGUCCUGGCCAAGUACAAGGUCACAGCCGACAUCUCCGAACAGGCCUGUCUGGAACACAUCAGCAGUCAGCCUGCGACUUCCACCGCAGCUCACACCUAAAAGGAAGGGGCGUCUGGGGAGAGUGAGGGAGCUUUCCCCUCCACUGCACACUUCUCAGAGCACACAGGGUGGGGAAGAGAAGGGGGAGGCAAGGGAACUCCCCCCCACAAAGUUUGUGGUUGAAGGUGGAAUCUACCCAACUCUGUGGCAGUAAGGAAGCUUCCCUCAAACCAGGGAAUGGAUG